CUCUGGUACUCAAACACAGGACGCGCAUCUCCAUCAUGAUGAGGAAAGGAAUGGAGAUGGGCGGAGAAGGGGUGGAGGAAACUGGAAGUCCCAUCAUGCGCACUGCGGAGACGCUGCUGCGUGUCCUCCCCAUGGCCCUCUGUGUGCUUGCGCUUAUCAUCAUGCUGAAGGAUUCCCAGGCUAAUGAAUAUGGUUCUCUCUCCUACUCCGACCUCGGAGCCUUCAGAUACUUAGUGCAUGCCAGCAGCGUCUGCGCCGGUUAUUCCCUUCUGUCGGCUGUAGUGGCGGCGGUGCCUCGGCCGUCCACCAUGUCCCGGGCUUGGACGUUCUUUCUUCUCGACCAGCUGUUAACGUACAUUAUACUAGCAGCAGGAGCUAUAUCCGCGGAGGUGGUGUACCUAGCGUACAAAGGCGACACCUCCAUAACAUGGAGCCAGACCUGCGGCGAGUUUGGUGGUUUCUGCCGCAAGGCCACUGCCUCAAUCGCGAUUACGUUCGUCGUCACCCUUUGCUACGUAGCUCUUUCACUCAUCUCCUCCUACAGACUUUUCAGCAAAUAUGACGCACCUGUUGCCUAUAGUGACAAAGGGAUUGAGGUCGCCACCGUCCGUAGCUGAUCCGUCAUCUCAUACACCAUAGCCACACACGGUGCAUAACUAAUAAACAGGUUAUUCUGGGCAGAUCGUGACUUUUGGAUUCUGGAACAUCGAUCACACGUUUUCAUCAGUGGGGAUUUGUGAGUAGAUCCCAAGAUGAUGAUCAUCCCGGAACAUAUGCAGGAAAAUGAAACAUGGAAACAUGACGAUGUUUGAUCGUGUAGAGUACACAUGCAAUCAUGUAUACGGCGGGUGGUGAUUGUUCCGGGAUUCACCAAGAAUUUUCCUUAAUAAAUUGUAGAAUUUUGUGUGCUGAAUAAUCAAGAAUGCUUUGUAUUCAUCACAUUAGUGAUGGAUGGACAGUGACUUCAAGUUCUUGAUCAAGUAGCACAAGUUGCAACAA